AUGUCGUCUCCAGCCCAACCUUCUCCUGAAGUCCUACAAGCCUACUACCAAAGACUAGAAACCCUUUACUCAAGUCUACCGGACCUUCUCACCACCGAGCAGGAAGACAAGACCGGAACCGAAGCACUCGAACAAGACGUUGGUAAGCUUGACGUCAAGGAACCGAACCUACAAGACAGGGUCAACAAGUACUGUCAAGAGUUUCUUUACAUCGGCGGCCCUACACCCCAUAAAUAA